AUGUCACCGUUCUCUCUGAUUAUCAACGGCAAUAAACUCCGAUGUCAGCAGUUUGGUUCGAGCAAAUCUCCAUUGCUUAUCGCGCUUCACGGUGGUCCGGGUCUGAGUUCCAUGGAAGAGCCAGCAGAGACAUUCAAAGAAUAUGCAGACGAGUAUCAUGUCCUCGUCUACGAUGCUCGUGGCUCGGGAUACUCUGCGGCCUCGCCACCACUCAGCCAUGCAAUGUGGGUUCAAGACCUCGAGGAGCUCCGAAAGUGGGCAUGCGCAGAGACGCUUAUUCUCGCUGGUGGAUCAUACGGCGGCUUUAUUGCGCUGGAAUACGCCAUCAGAUAUCCCCACCGACUUCGAGGGCUGGUUCUCCGCGACACAGCAGCCACGAGUAGCGGCAUGAUUGAUACCGCAAUCAAGCAUGCACAAGAAUCUCCACGCGUACAUAUCGAUACCAGCAAACUCCGACGGCUUUUAGCAGGCCGAGUAACGAGCAACGACGAUUUCAAGGCAUUGUGGCGCGCCAUUCUACCUCUUUACACUUACACGGACGAUCCAGAUGCUGUCGAAGAAGCAAUGAAGUCGUGCAUCUUUCGCUUCGAAACGCACAACGCAGCCUUUAGUGGGGACUACCAACACUACGAUGUGAGAGACAAACUUUACUUGAUCCAGUGUCCCGUACUCGUCACGCGUUCAGGAUGGGACAUUGACCGUGUUCGAAAGGUCGGGACACUCUCCCCAAGUCGAAGAGAAGACGCUUUGGCAUAA